AUGGAGAGGCAGGGUUCCCUGGGACCUACUAGAGGCUUCAAUGGAGAAUCACCUGGAGUGGUUACCAGGGGAGUGGCCGGAGGGGUCAGAGGAGUCGAGGCAGACACCAGAUUGCCCUUCAGAGUAGCCUCGCCUAAUGGUUCUGAGCCCCCCUCGCACUCGGGGUGCAAUGUGGUUCGCAGUCCUGGUUCAAGCCAUCCCACCGAGCGGGUAGUGGCCCCCACUUCUGAGCUCAGUCAGCAGCCUGGGGAGGUUGCGGGCCACCUUGAGUUCAGCCCAUCCCCUGAUGCAGUCAACAUUCCCUGCCCUGGAUCCUGCUUACCCAGGACUUCCUGUGCCGGGCCCGGGGGCUCCAGAAUGUACACCUCGGGCUGUGGUCUGCACUCUGGGUCAACUUGUUUGCACUCUGGUCCCUGUGAGGACCGGCCCAGGAGCAUCCUAAAAGACAGCAGCUCCAUCCUGAUGCAGAAAUCCCCCUGUGUGGAUAAGAAAAAGGCUCAGCGCUGGGAUGAGAUGAAUAUCCUGGCCACUUAUCACCCUUCUGAUAAGGACUAUGGCUUUAUGAAGGUGGACGAACCCAGCACCCCCUACCGCAGACUGCAGGACAGUGAUGAGGACCUGUUGGCAGGGUCCUCCGUCAAGGUGACUCCUGAAGUGCUAGAAGAGAGGUUUGCAACAAUGGACAAUUUCCUCCCCAAGGUCCUCCAGUAUGGUGACAAUAGAAGCUCAGGAGCUGCAGACAACUUUUCCAAGACACACUCCUGUAAUUUUGACAAGCACCGUAAGACACACUACACUGAAGGGAAGUUCCUCAAGUCUCAGAAAAACCUGCCCUUGGAACAUGAUGAGGACAGCUGUAGUGCCGGCAUCAGCAGUGGUGUUAGAGGUGUGACGAUAGAGCCAAAGCCCAGGCCUGUGGAGAGAUGCUGGGCAGGAGGACUAGCCAAAAGAGUCAAUGAUGAAACUGACAUGCUCGCCUUAAGACCCGUCCUAGAUGUCAAGGAUUCCUCUAGCUGCAGAAAUCAGUUCCCCUCAGCUUCAACCCCCAUUCCAUUGGAGCAAAUCGAUCUGCAACGCAGGGAGUAUUAUAGCCAAGGAAGAUACCUGAGGUCUGACUCCCACCCAGAACCUGAAGAGGACAUAGAAGAUGAGCAGCAGCACAACGUGAGCCUGGGCAGAGGCAAGGAGGUGGUUGCAUUGGCCUGGGAGGCAGAGGGUCUGAGUGGGUAG